CUGAACUCUCAGCGCUGCUGCUAGAUCAACUAAAAAGGAGCUGGGCGCUCACUUUCAACUCCGCGGAUGGUGGCUCAAGAAGCACAAGGGCAAACACUAGUACAACAAUGGCAAGUACCACUAUGAAAAGAAAAUCUGUUAUCAUUAUCAAGUUUCUUAAGUAGAAAAGGAUGAUUUAAUGAUAACAUAUUUUGGCUUCAUAACCACGAAGAAUAUUCAGGAAGAUGACAAUGGCAAAAAGCAGUCUCCAGCAACGUCUCGUCCUUCUACUGCUUCGUCGAAUCCAAAGAUGAAAGUUGGUGCCAAGCUUUACCGAGAUCCACACUUCCGAGAAGUGUUGCGUCAGAAGUUGUUAGUUUACCAGUUUACAGCAGAGCGCUUCGUCAAGGCCUUGUGGAAGAUUGUGGUGGAAAUUUCCUCCGCUUCUAGUUCGAGUGCGACGACGCCAACUUCUACCUCGUCAUCCCUUGAGCAUGCGGCUCGAAUAGGCAAGGACUCCACACCGUAUCAAGCCCUGAAACGCUUUUUCCAAGAAAGAAGUAUGCGACCGAAUCAAACCCACGACACCAAGCGAAAACCAACAUCUACAUCAACUUCAACCUCUACUAGAACCCCUUCGUUUGAUUACCAGACGCAUGUUGUCGGUUCGUACGCCAUUGCGCUGAGGCAUUUGCAAAGGGCACGUCGCUGCCUAGAAUUCUUGUUCCAGGGAGAGAAGUGUGAAUUGUUGCUGCGUGCAGAGCUGGAAGGACCACCUAAUUUUGCCGGCUGGAGCGUAUGGGAGUGGCCGGAGUUUUUGGCGUAUGAACUCGACUGCGACAUGGCCAUUCGCGAGAAUCAAUUAAGGCUUUGUUCCAUAAUUAUAGCACUGAUUCUUUCAUCUUGAGAAGCAUCUUUGACUUUGUCUUUACGUCCUUUACAUACUUUCUUCAAGGGCAAUCUUCAAAAGAGGACUGCAAAGAUGCGUUGCAAUCAUUUCCCAGAUAAAUAAAGGCUGCAUAGCCAUAGGCAAGGUCUAAAUCAAGCCGAAGUCGCACUAGCGAUCAUGUCCGAGACUGAAGGAAACCGCUUGCUCCAGCUGAUCAUGGGAGGAGGCAAGACGGCCGUCAUCACGCCUUUGGUGCUGACUGCAGCCGCACGCGGCGAAAAGUUAGUGCGCGCGACCGUUCUGAGUUCCCUUUACGCCACCAAC